GCCUCAUUGUGAGCCGUAAUGGCCGACAAAACAGGCCAUAAGCAAAAACGGCUAGAAAAAACAAUGCAGGAACAGGAAAACAGCUAAACAUAAGACUCGCAAAAUGGUGUGUGAACAUAGCCUUAGGAGAAGCAGUGAUCGACUACUUUGGUCUGGAAUCUGUGUAUCUGUGCGGCAUCUCAUCCCUCUCUCACUAUGCUUCAAGUAAACAAUGGGAUUUAUGACUGGCAAGAUAAUACACGCAGGAACAACAGGAGGUGCUUCAUAUUAACUAAUAUUGGUGGAUCCCACGUAUGAUUGGUGCAAGGAUAUCCUUGCCUGACUCUGACUUGAAACAUCAAGAGGCACACAUAGUACAGCUGAUCGAAGGAGUUCACAACUUCUGCACAUUAUUACUGAAGAUGUAUAAAACCUUCCUUGUUCACCAUUUAUUUUGGCGUGAUUCGUAUUUCCAGAGCUGGAUCCCCAAAUUAUUUAAAAAGAAAACAUGUACCACAUAUAUAGAGGACACCAGACCAGACCGGCAGGGUCAGUACUGUCAGUGCGGACUAUUAAAGCAAAAUCAUGUGUCUGUGGCCAUGGAAGACAAUUUUGGGGCCGCCAUAGUGAGCACAUGGAACUCAGCAGAACACACAACCGAAGAGCCCACAGAUGCCUAUGGGGAUAUUGAGUUUGUUGGAGCUGGAAAGAAGCAUAGCAAGUUUAUUCGCCUAUCUAAUGAGACCGACCCCUGUAUUGUAUAUAAUCUUAUUACUCAUAACUGGAAGAUCCCACCACCAAACUUGGUGGUGUCUGUCGUGGGAGGAGAUGGAGACUUUAAAAUGAAAACAUGGCUGAAGGAUAUCCUGAGGAAGGGAUUGGUCAAGGCAGCGCAAAGCACAGGUGCCUGGAUAAUGACUGGUGGAAUACAAGUGGGCAUUGGAAAAUAUGUUGGUGAAGCUGUCAGAGACCAUGCCACUGCAAGCUCGAAUUCUAGGACCAAAGUGGUAGCAAUGGGCAUUGCACCCUGGGGAAUUGUAAAUAACCGCCAAAGCCUGGUGAACCCUAAGGGAUCUUCUCCUGCCAAAUACUAUAUGGACAUUGUGGAUGGACCGACAUAUUCUUUGGACAACAAUUAUUCACUUUUCCUUUUAGCCGAUGAUGGCACCAAUGAACAAAUGGGAGGAGAAACCAGUUUUAGAUUCAGGCUCGAGGAGCAUAUAUCCCGACAGAAAACUGGAGUGGGAGGCAAAGGAAGCAUUGAAAUCCCUGUUUUGUGCAUGGUUAUUGCCGGAGAGUCCAAUAUGUUGCAGAGAGUUUACAAAGCCACAAUGAGCCCCAUCCCAUGUCUUCUGGUGGCCGGUUCUGGUGGAGUUGCCGACUGUUUAGCUGAAAUUAUAGAAGAGUCACUUACCAUGGAAUCUAUUCGUAGUCUGAUAGAUGAGAAAUUAAAACAACACUUCCCGGAGGAAAACUUGACAAAAAUGAUAGGAAAAAUAGAAAAAAUAGUGGAAAAUCGAGAACUGGUCACAGUAUAUUCCAACACUGAUGGGACAGAGGACUUUGAGACUGUGAUUUUGAAAGCUCUAGUAAAAGCUUGCAAGAAGCAGUCCAGUGAUGCCACAGAAUACUUGGAUGAGCUGAAGUUAGCAGUAGCCUGGAACAGGGAGGACAUUGCCAAGACCGAAUUGUUUCAUGGAGAAAUACACUGGAGGGCUUGUGAUCUUGAAGACACAAUGACAGAUGCACUAGUGAAUGACAAACCCAGCUUUGUAAAACUCUUUGUGGACAAUGGAAUGAACAUUGUGGAUUAUCUGACAUAUGGCCAACUGGAAGAGCUUUAUAGAUCUGUACUGGAUAAUACAGUCCUCUACCGAUUACUUCAACGUAAACAUGAAGAGCGCAGAGAGUCUAAUAAAGGGCAGCAACACCUGGACUACUUGCCAGUGGACUCUAUAAACAAACGACAUGACUUCAAUCUCUACGAUGUGGCCAAAGUUCUGCGAGAGCUCAUGGGUGAUGUCUGUGCCCCAUUCUAUACACAUGUACUUGGAAAUACCAAGGGCUCGGUCAACAAGAAAAACUCCAUUACUAAAAAUUAUCCAAACAACAUUAAUCAAAGAUAUGAGAUUAAAAAGUCAUCAUCCCCCUGGAUCGAUCUCUUUAUUUGGGCAAUUCUACAGAAUCGUGAUGAAAUGGCUACUUACUUCUGGGAAAUGGGAACAGAAGCUGUGACCUCAGCACUGGCUGCUUCCAAAUUGCUGAAGGAGCUCUCCCGCAUGGAAUCAGAGGCCGAAGAAGCAUUAGCUAUGAAAGAGCUAGCCGCAAAGUUUGAACAUCUGGCAAUAGGUGUGUUUAAUGAGUGUUAUAGAAAUAGUGAGAACAGGGCAUUCAAGUUACUGGUGCGACGCUCGCCUGUCUGGGGUGGUGCCACAUGCCUGCAGCUGGCUUAUGAGGCUGAUGCACGUAAUUUCUUUGCACAGGAUGGUGUUCAGUCCAUGUUAACAGAAAACUGGUGGGGACAAAUGGCACAAAACACACCGGUAUGGGCAUUGGUUCUGACCUUCUUCUGCCCUCCACUCAUUUAUACUGAUCUCAUUGAAUACAAAAAUUUUGACAAUGAAAAUGGAAUUGAAAACUGCAAAAGAGUUGAGAUGGACAGUUUAGAUAUCGAUAUAAAGACUACCGUGGCGGAAAUAAUGGAAGGGGAGGAAAUUCUAAAGGAGAAGAGUGAACUUGUACAGCUCAAACCUGCCAAGGCAUCAGAUGUAAACAAUGUUCUCCCUGAAGCAGAAGUCACGAAAGAGAAGCCACGGCCACAUUGGAUGCGUCGCUGGAAACAGUUCUGGAGUGCACCUGUCACGGCGUUCUUCGGCAAUGUCAUCAUGUACUUCACCUUCCUCUUCCUGUUUUCUUAUGUGCUCCUCCUGGACUUUAAAAGACCUCCACCAGAUGGUCCGGCCACUUCAGAGGUUAUUCUGUAUUUUUGGGUUUUCACUAUGGUUUGUGAAGAAAUACGGCAAAGUUUCUUUGUGGGAUCCAUGCCUGUAAUACAGAAGGUCAAGCAAUACUUACAGGACUCCUGGAACCACGUUGACAUCACGGCCUUGCUGCUUUUCAUCUUUGGAGUCAUUUGCAGAAUGAUGGACACUUCGUAUGAGUCGGGACGGACCAUCCUGUGUUUUGACUUCAUGGUUUUUACUCUUCGACUUAUUCACAUUUUUGCAGUCAACAAACAGCUGGGGCCCAAAAUAAUUAUUGUCAGAAAGAUGAUGAAAGACGUCUUCUUCUUCUUGUUUUUUCUGGGUGUCUGGCUAAUUGCCUAUGGAGUUGCUACGGAAGGUCUCCUACACCCCAACGAUACCCGUCUGGGGUGGAUAUUCAGACGUGUGUUCUACAGACCUUACCUGCAAAUCUUUGGUCAGAUUGAGCUGGAUAAAAUGGAUGCUGGAAAGCUGGCUAAUGAAACCUGCUCGGAUGACCCUGACGUUAUCAUGAGUGGACUAUACCCCCCAUGUGUCAAUACAUUCGCCAACUGGCUGGUAAUUUUCCUGCUUGUCGUCUUUUUGCUUGUUGCAAAUAUCCUCCUGCUGAACCUGCUGAUCGCCAUGUUCAGCUAUACCUUCUCCAAAGUGCAAGGCAACAGUGAUAUAUACUGGAAAUUCCAGCGAUACAACCUGAUAGUUGAAUAUCACAACCGUCCAGCGCUCGCUCCGCCCUUCAUCAUCAUCAGCCACAUUCAUACGUUUAUCAAACGCAAGAUCCGCAAGGUUGAGUCUCAGAAGAUAAGACAUUUCAUGUUGGAGCUGAAGGAACCUCUAGACAGCAGGAUGCUCACAUGGGAAGCUGUUCAAAAGGAGAAUUACUUGGUGAAUAUAGCCAAGCAGAAGAGGGACAGCGACACAGAGCGUCUGAGGCGCACAUCUCAAAAGGUCGAUACAGCAUUGAAGCAGCUUAGUGAGAUCAAGGAACACGACAGAAGAUUGAAAGCACUGGAAAUGGAGGUGGAAUACUGUAGUAAGGCACUUUCCUGGAUAGUAGAAGCCCUUCAAAAUAGUGACACAGUGAAAACUGACAAACCACCUCCUGUGCAUAAGUAAGGUGGAAGGAGUCUUCAUUCUGUGGAACCCUUAAUAUUGUUUACUGCCAAUUUCAUGGACAAUACCACUACCUGCCUUGUGUCCUACACUUUACAAGAGUCUGGUUCUGCUCAGCCAUAUGUCUUAUCCAUUCUCUUUGACUUCAUUCCCUUCAUUUCAUGCUCAGAAGCAAUGUACUUAAGGGCAUUGUGUAAAUAUAAUAAGCACACCAUUGAUCCAUCGUAAAAUAAUUUUAUCCAUUGCUUACUAUGAACUGUUAGGAUAUGGUCCUACAUUGCACCUACCACAUGCAGACAAUUAUACCAUGUCAAUAACCAGGCCCGUCGUUAAAGGACAGGCAAACCAAGCAAUUGCUUGGGGCCCUGAGCUGGCCCGGGGCCCCAAGCAGAGCCGGUGCUUGUUGUGCUUCCUAUAAGGCUGCAGCCGCCUUUGCGCUCUUUAGAGAGCCUCAGGUGGCUGCAGCACUCCUGGUCACCUCCCGAGUUCCUCCCCUUCCCUGUAGCAUGGCCGAGCUCCUCUUCCUCCUGGCUGUCAGUCCGGCCACAGGUACAGGAACAGGAGAUUCAGUUUCCUGUUCCCGGCCGGACUAACAGGAAGUGUACACUGAGUGCUCACUUCCUUUCAGUCCUGACUGAGAGACAGCCAGGAGGUAGAGGAGCUCGGCCACGCUACAGGGUCCAGGGAAGGAGCCGGAGGAAG